AUGUUUGUGGAGUCCCAAUAUACAAGGGAUGAAAGCACCAGACACUAUAUGCCAAGUAAUUGCACAGCAAAAAAACUCUGGAAACAGUACAAUCAGUCAGUGAAUGACAACCUGCAGGACCUUCAUGGGGUUAACUUAGAAGAGUUUAAGUAUGGAGGCACUAACAUCACGGCUUUCCGGUUAGUGGAUCCAGAUGGUCCAGAAGUUCACAAAAUCCUUAGGGACUGGAACGCUGGAAUCGAUAUCAAAAACAGAAAAGGAGAACCACCACCAUUGUACCGAGCCGAAACAGCAUUAAUGUAUGACGCAGUUCACUUGUUCGCCAAAGCCCUCCACGACUUGGACACCAGCCAGCAAAUUGAUAUCAAGCCGCUCAGUUGCGAUGCAGUAGAUUUUUGGCCUCACGGAUACAGCCUCAUUAAUUACAUGAAAGUGAGCGCCCCAUACGUCAUGCUGAAAGAAACUAGUGAAAAACUGUCCGGAAACGCACAAUUCGAGGGGUACGCAGUCGACUUGAUCCACGAGAUAUCCAGAGUAUUGGGCUUUAACUACACCAUCAGAUUGGUGCCAGAUGGGAGACACGGAUCGUUGAAUCGAGAGACCAAAGAAUGGGACGGACUUAUCAGGGAAUUGCUGGAUCAAAAGGCGGAUUUGGCGAUAGCGGACCUUACGAUUACGUAUGACAGAUUCACCCCGUACGAGUGGCAGAACCCUCAUCCAUGCAACCCGAACCCCGACCAUUUGGAGAACCAAUUUACGUUGUUCAACUGCAUGUGGUUCGCCAUCGGUUCCCUGAUGCAGCAAGGAUGCGACUUUUUACCCAAGUUCAGCCCCUACGAGUGGGACAACCCGCAUCCAUGCGACAGUGUACCGGUAGUACUCGAGAAUCAAUUCACUUUGUUGAACUCCCUCUGGUUCACCGUAGGUACUCUGAUGCAGCAAGGCUCCGAUAUUGCUCCAAAAGCUGUUUCUACGAGAAUGGUAGCCGGAAUGUGGUGGUUUUUUACUUUAAUCAUGAUCUCUUCGUAUACGGCCAACUUGGCAGCAUUUCUCACAGUGGAGAGAAUGGACUCUCCGAUCGAAACGGCCGAGGAUUUGGCGAAACAGACAAAAAUCAAAUACGGGGCCCUUAGGGGCGGCUCGACUGCGGCCUUCUUUAGGCCUAGUUAUUAUAUUACCUACCUAACCAUUGCUUAG